AAUACAGAACCCUGGUUUUGCACCGCCGUCGGUUUUCGCCGCACGGUUCCCAAUACCACCGCCCCAUCCGCAUCCCAAUCCUAUAAAAACCCACUUUUCUCGGAGCCCCAGUUCCUCUUCCACUUCCAGUUUCACUCGAUUUUUUUCGGCAAAAUCAAUGGCAUAUAAUAUGGUCGCUGGUUCGAAGUGUUGUGUCCCGGAGCUGGAGAAGAUCGCCGGAGAUCAAGAGGAGGCGGAGGCGGCGGCGGUGGGCCAAGAUGUGACGAGAUAUAUAAUGAUGAAGUCUCCCAACUCCACGCAAGCACUGGACAAACAGGUGGUGCUGCGGCGGAUCCGGCAGCGCAAGCGAGUCAACAAGUUUCGGGCGGUGGUCGGAGCUCUCUUCAGCUCGCCUUUCACGGAUAAAACCGGCGACACUCGUCGGAGAAAGUGGGUCGACGAACCCUUCACUUCACUCUAGCCCAGUUCCAGUUCCCUUCCAGAUUUAGUAAACCAUUUUUUUUUCCAAUAAAUAUUUCCAUGUAAUCUAAUUACUAAUGUAAGUUUUUCCCUGUUUUAUUUUUAUUUUAUAAAUUGGUUUGUGUUUCGGCCUCUCGGAGAUUCCUUUCUUGUGGCACUACAAAAUCAUUAUACAUAUGUAAUUGUGGUACAAAAUAGGGGUGAAAGAAACCGAACCGAACCGACCCGACGAACCGAAUAUUAAUAUUUCGGUUCGGUUCGGUCAUGUCUUUUUACCGAUUAGGGUUUCACUCCACAAAACACGUGCUGUCCGUCUCCCUCACGUCACAAAACACUCGUGUGCUGUCCGUCUCCCUCCCCUAUCUCUCUCUCAGUCUCUGCGACCCAUUUCCGGCGCCGACGGCCAUCCCAGAGGCGAAGGUGACCGCCUCCGGCAGCGGCUACGCUCCUACGCUGUGUAUCGGACUAUUACGCACCUACGCUCUCGAGCGCAGCAGAAAAUGAGAUCAACGCAUUGGGAUGUAUCCACGAUGAUGAGCUAAGAGUAAAAGUGGGAAGUGGAGGUUCGUCAGGGAGGCAGCCUUCUUCCCCAAGAUUUAAAGGGUCGUCGCCAGUCUAAUCGCCCGAUUCUGAAGCUUUUCCUCUAUGACGAAGAAAUUUCCUUUCCCAACUCCUUGCUAGCGAAGCCAGGAAACGACGAACAGGAAACACGAACCCAAUGUCCAAAUGACUUGAAAUUAUCGUCUCCAUUUCCCUCAUUUUCGGUCACCAUAUAUCGAAGAAUCAAGGAAGAAUUUCGCAUUCGGUGGCGAUAGAAUUUAAACUCGUUACUACUAAAACUGCUAGAGACGAUAAUCGGGAACUGAAGCUUCAUCGUGAGCUUGGAACCAGAAGACCGGGAGUUUGAUCUCGGAGAAAAUUCCACCGGCGGGAAAAACGGAGGAAAGGAAAUAGAAAGAUUCCGGUUGGCAAUGUCCAUGGGAAGUGUGCGGAAGGAUAAUUCUGGUAGACUAAGCAGUGAAAAAACCGAACCGACCCGUAAAACCGAGGGUUUUGGUUAUAACCGAAAACACGAGGGUUAUUUUCCCCUCAGCGCCGCCCGUUCCCUCUCUCUCCCUCCCUCUCGCCGUGGAAGAAACGACCAGUUGCCGGCGACGGCGACGGCGACACCCACCCCCGUUUCUCUGUCUCGCCGUCCAGCAGCCGGCGACCAAGAUACCACUGCAUGUAUCGGCAAUCUAGAUCCCCAAGUUUUCUUUCUGGGUUUGGGUCGGUUUUAUUCAAUUGGGCAGAGACCCGAAUCAAAGCGACCCGUUUUUCGCCUACAUGGUGCAGACUGCAAAGUUAAUUUGAGAAUCGAUUUAGUUUAGUCUACUAAAAUCGAACUGUUCACAGUGGAUAUUUCGCGGUUCAUAAUCAUAUGCUGGUUUUCUCCGAUUUAUGGUUAACUGAGCUCACAUCUUCUUCUUCUUCUUCCACCUGGUUUCUCAAUUGAGGAACAGGUUUAGAACAAUUUGUGAAGAAGAUCAAUUGGGUCACUGUAAAGCUCGAUGGCUGAGACCGAGACACCAAAAACGAAGGCACGACCGAUUGUGCGACUGGGGAUUUUCCUGAUUUCUCAGAGUGUUUUCUUCAGCGUGAUUUGCUUCUCCACGGGUUUAGCUCUUUUGCUACUGCCAAUGUUCGCUAUGAACACCUACAUUUCCGAGAACGCUCUCAUGCCAGGUUCUGCAAAUACCAUGCUUUCUGGUCAGGAAGUUUCAGAGGCGAACAACUUGGUGAAGGAUCUAAAGGCUUUGAACUCGAAACCUGGUUCGACAGUCUUUGGAAUUCAGCAGAUUCUAGCACAAUAUAUAUCAGACUUGGGUGCUGAAGUUAAUUACCACAAGUUCCACCCUCAGUCUGGUCAGUUCCAUCCAUUGCACUUUUUCUCUAGCCCUGAUUCUGGUAUCAUUCGGGACAAUGUUAGUUGCAUGGCAGGUAUUAACACUGUUGGCAUAAUAAGAGCACCACAAGCCGAUGGAAAGGAAGCAAUCGUCUUGGUGACAACUUACAAUCCUGUUAAGACUAGUCUUUAUGAGACUUUGUCUCUUGGUAUUGCAUAUUCAGUAUUUUCUUUGCUUACAUAAGUAACUUGGUUGGCCAAAGACAUUGUAUGGCUCAUCGUGGAUUCACAAUAUGGGGAAUAUGCUGCAGUUUCAGCUUGGCUGAGAGACUAUUACACUCCUGCAUUUGGUCGAUCCGGCAUCAUUGACAAAGAUGCUUGUGCUGAGAUGAGUGUCCUUAAUAAAUUAGGAACAAACCAUAUGACAGAAAAAAUGAGUCUAGAUGAGUUUAAACGUGCUGGAACAAUGGCUGCAGCACUUGUUAUUAAGGUUUCAAAUAAAAGUGAACGCUUUGAGGAUAGUCUUAGUGUCUAUGCUGAAGCAUCUAAUGGUCAGAUGCCGAACCUGGAUCUCAUCAUUGUGAAUUAUAUGGCAGUACAUAGGCAAGGUUUUUGGAUUAAGGUUGAGAAAUUUUUGCCUUUACUAGACUGCAAAUGGCUCAAGGUUUUGGGUGAAGUGUUUGAGUCAAUAGGACAAUUGAUCCGAAGCUUGAACUCUGAAUGGAAGUUUGGCAUCCUUGCUUCUGACUAUGUUGAUGGCAUUGCCACACUUGCAAGUUCAUUGUACUACCAGGCUGUGGGUAUUCCUACUGGUCCCCAUGGGGCUUUUCGAGAUUACCAAGUUGAUGCAAUUACCAUGGAGAUGUCCCCCAAAUUUUCUUCUGGUAUCAAGGUCAGGCGUGAUGAAUUAUUGCGAGGUGGCAGGCUAAUUGAAGGAGUUGUACGAUCAGUAAACAACCUCCUGGAAAAGUUCCAUCAGUCAUUCUUCCUAUACCUUAUGGUAUCUACAAGCAAAUUUGUAUCAGUUGGCGUAUAUAUGAUUGCUUUUGCCCUCCUUGUUGCUCCACUACCAGCUGUUGCGGCUUCUCUCUACUCUUAUGCAAACAAUUUGAAUUUAACCGUGGAAAAGGUCGAACAUGCAGUUCCAGCAAAUCCUGAUGAUGAGCUUAUUGUCUCUUUGAGAUCAUGGAAAUGGCUUAAUGCUGCAAAAAAUGUUUUUGUUGUUCAGCCUCAUGUCAGUAAUUAACUUUGCUACUGCAGAACUUGGAGCAUUUUUUAUGGUUUCCAUGUGCUUGAUGGCACAUCCUCUGAAGCUUGAUCUAAUGGCUGGGAGUUUUAAAGCUCUUUCAAGGGCAGCCUGUAACAUUGUUUUGGGAUCCAUAGCUUUUCCCCCUAUUGCUUUCUUUUUGUUUAAAGGUUCUUUGCAAGUUUCCACAAUCUACAUUGGCGACUUCUGGAACUGGAUGGAGACCCUCUGGGCUUGGAACAGUGCUACUUUCCUCUACUUAGGUAUGGUCCAUCUGCCAUGUUGGGCAUUAUGCAUACAAAUUUUACUUCAUCCUUGUUGAGUUACCUUGUUUAGUUUUUUCCUUAGCAUUUGGUCAGAUCAACCAAUUGGAAGAUGCUUACGGUUACCGAACUUUUGUGUCUUUGCUUUAUAGGUUGAACAACUAAUUUUUACUAAACUUUCACAUAGUUCCUUAUAAAUAGGUUUCAUCUGUACCAGUAAUUGGAAGGAAACAAGUUACACGUUCAUGCAGCUUCUGUAAGUAAGCCUUGAAGCCUUUUUGUCACUGUUGUUUAUAGUUGUAGGAUAAACACAGUACAUUUUUUACCCUCUUGGAAAAUAUUUUUUGCCAUUUUUUCCUUUUGAAUUAAUUGGUCAAUUACCUACUCUAUAGUCUAUAUAUCCAA